AUGUUUUUUGAUCGGUGGGGGAAUGCCUUAUGUGAAGCUGUGGUUAUGGGGUCUAAGACUGACAAGUACUUGUACUGUCCCUUCAAGGAUUGCUCAGCCCUGUUGGUUUAUGAGAAUGGCGCCAAAUUGUCUUUGUGUGCAGCAGAGUGUCCUCAUUGCAAGAGAGAUUUGUGCCCUAGUUGUAAGGUUCCUUGGCAUGCAGGGUUUGAUUGUGCCCAGUUUCAGAAACUAAGUGAUGGAGAUCAAGAUCAGAUGGUGGAGGAGCUUGCCAAAGAAAUGAACUGGAUGAGGUGUCCAAGUUGCAAAUACUAUAUAGAAAAAUCUUAUGGGUGCAACGUCAUGAAAUGCAGGUGUGGACGUGCGUUCUUCUACAAAUCCAGACCUCACUCUAAUUCGUACUACGACAAAAUACGUCUAAUGUUGGAAGAAUACUUUGUUUAUAUCAUUGGUGCUAGAACCCUCGUAUUCUUGGAAGAAUUGGAACAAUCCUUGUACGAAUACAUGCACACUUGA